AUGUAUCACUCCGCUGCCCUUUUGGCUCUGGGAGCCCUUGGCUCACCUGCCACUGCCGCCUGGCUCAAGCCGGCUGCCGAUUCCACGCUCGAUGCCCCAGUACAGACGGGCCACCUGGGCGCAGAUGCUGGCGAGGACCACCAGAUGGCCAUUGGAUGGUCGCCUGUCCCUACCAACGCGCCCAGACUCUCUGGUGCCAUGGAUAUGCGCUUUGCCCUGGGCAAGCGAGCUGAGUUGUCCCAGACGUGCGGCUGGGGAUCACUAGGAAACUCUUUCACCUGCGUUUCCAGUGACGCUUCUUGCGCUUCUGAUGCCGGAUUCGUUGGCUGCUGUGAGACUGGGCGAUCUUGCAAUGCGAUCAAGACCAAGUGUAUCGACUAUGAGGCUUCUUCGGCUGGUGACUGCGACAUCCUCGACGACUUCCAGACCAUGUGCUGUGGCUCCUCUGCCUUCCCCGCCUGUUAUACCCUGACUGGAACGAGCAAGGGCGAGUCUUUCACAGUCCUGGCCUGCUCCGUCACCUCGGGCACUGGAAGCCUGUUCUUCUCCGACCCCCUGGCCACCACCAACAGCAAUAGUGAGUCUUCCGCGACCGAUGACGGCGAAUCGAGCACCACCGACGACGCGAGCGAUACUACUGCCUCUGGUACCGCUACUGGAACUGACGCCUCGGACGUUACUGUCACCGUCGACCCAUCUCCCUCGCAGACCACGGACGACAGCGACAGCGGCGGCGGCACCAAUGUCGGUGCCAUUGCUGGUGGCACUGUCGGUGGUGUCGCCGCUCUUGGUCUUGUUGGUCUCGCUGGCUUCCUCCUGUUCCGUCGCCGCAACAAGAAGACAUCUCCCGGAACGACUCCUCCCUCCGACGGCACCCCUCCUGUGGCUCCCGCUAUGGCCCAGACUCAGAACCCCCAGAACCCUCAAAGCCCCGGUCCCAGCUUUGUUCCUUCAUCGCCGUCCAACGCUGCCUACCCGUCAGGUGUGCCCUCCAACUUCCAGCCCGGCUACCAACAGCCCUACGACCCCAAUGCGGCUGCCGCCUACGGCCAGCAGGCUUACUCUCCUCCUCCUCAAAACUACGGUGGCUACGCCCAACCGCAGCAGGGCUUCCAGAACCAGUAUCCCCAGCAGCAAGGUUAUGGCCAGCAGGGCCAGUACCCCGCUCAAUACGGUGCCGGUGGUUACCAGCCUGCCCAGUCAACUUCGCCUCCUCCUGGCGGCAUCACACCCAGCCCCGGUCCCAAGGAGGGCGAGCCUGGUUUCGUUGGACACAACACACAUUCCCCUGCGCCCCAGCAGCACGAGGCUCAGGAACUGCCUGCCGUCAACCCCGUCGGUAACGAGAACAACCGCGCUGAGCUUGGUUAGGAGCCUGGCCACUGGUAUCGUGGGAGCGAAGAGGGUUUCUUUUUACGUCAAGAGGUGGAAUUUCAAAGGUGACUGAUAAGAGUCUGGUUGCCUUUCUGGGAAGACGAGGGAAUGGAACAUGAAGGCAAGACAAGUCAAGUCGAAUGGAUUGCAUGGUUAUUAAUUGCAUGAAUUUGUAUUAUACCUCGUUUCUAGCGCGGUCGUAUCUGGGGUUGUUUAGUUCAUGAGACCCAAUAU